AUGUCUUCACCGAUCAAACCCCGCAAGUGGUAUCAGAUUCGCUGGUUUCAGGAUUAUGAUACGCCCGAGGAGCGCAAAUUAAUCAUCAAGUUAGACCUUCUUAUUGUCCCAUACGUGUUUCUUGCGUAUUGGGUCAAGUACAUCGACCAGGCCAAUAUCAAUAAUGCGUACGUUGCUGGUCUCAAAGAGGACUUGGGAUUCAAGGGGAAUGAGCUCGUACGACUGCAAACGCUGUACAUCCUAGGCGCAGUCCUGGGGCAGCUGCCUUUCAUGUAUCUUUUUACAAAGAUCCCCAUGUACUACCUAAUACCAUUCCUAGAUAUUGGAUGGGGCAUUUUCACUUUGCUCCAAUAUCGCGUUCAGUCCUUCGCGGAGCUGGCCGCGUAUCGAUUCUUAGUCGGAUGGUUCGAGGCCGCCUUCUUCCCUGCCAUACAUUACAUUUUCGGCUCCUGGUAUAGAGGCGACGAGAUUGGACGCCGAGGCGGCUUCUUCUAUGUUGGCCUGACUUUGGGAACCCUCACCGCGGCUCUGAUCCAAUCCGCGGCAUCAUCGCAGUUAGACGGCGUGCAUGGACUUGCCGGCUGGCGAUGGAUGUACAUCAUCUGUGCUAUCAUUACGAUCCCAGUGGGUAUUCUUGGCUUCUUCGUUCUUCCUGGAACCCCAGACAAACCGAACAAAUGGCUCUUAAAGGAUCACGAUGUAAAACUUGCGAAGGAGCGUCUCCUGCGUGCAGGCCAUAAAGUGGAAGGUAGCGUCACGAUCCAGACAUUUAUCAAAGUUGCAAAGUCUCCUCGCGUCUGGGCAUUGCUCCUCCUCGACAUAUUCUUCUGGAAUGGAUCUAUCAACACAUCGACCGGUGGCUACCUACUGUGGCUGAAGAGCCUCAAGCGCUACUCUCCAGCCCGCAUCAACCGGCUCGGUGCAAUUUCACCUGCAAUUGGCAUCUUCUAUACCCUCGCAAUCUGCUUCACAUCAGAUCUGAUAUUAGGGCCUGCUUGGGCUAUCACGGUGUCACAUGUUUGGAACGCCAUCGGUUUGAUCAUACUCAGCAUCUGGACUGUCCCCGAAUCCGCACUGUGGUUUGCUUUUAUGACGACCUACUCUGCCGUAGCCAUGUCGAGCGUCCUCUAUGGAUGGAUUAACAGUCAGCUCAGUUAUUCGCCUGCUGAGCGAUCAGUUGCCCUGGUUUUUGCCAAUACAUUGGCACAAUCGACAACCGCCUGGACACCACUUCUCGUCUUCAAGACUAUUGAAGCACCAAGGUUCCAUAAGGGUUAUCCGUUCGUGCUCGCAAACUCGGUUUGCCUGAUCGUACUGGCGCACAUCAUCAACUUCUAUGUGAAGAAGCGGAAGAGCAAAACUACUUCACAAUCCGAUGACGAGAGUGGGGCGUCGAUUCAAGAAACAACCUACCAGGUUCCUCAGAAGACUAUUCCUGCUGCUGAUGGCCCAGCUUGAACACAGUCUCCAGAGAUGAUAUACUUGCUUGUUCCGCAUCCGCGUGAAGCCAGGCUCUUAUCAUGACACAAAACGACUACUCGUAAAUAGAACAGACAACGAACUAUCAUAAUGAAUCAUUUCAUC